AUAUAUUCAAAUAAUAAGAAACAGUUAAAAAGUGCUAUUUGCUUUGAAGAUAUGUGAGAGAGAGGUAUAUUCGACAAUAAAUUUUUCUAUAAAUAUUUAAUUUCAUAUGAAAUAAUGAGCGACGACGAUUAUAAUACUCUUCGUCAAAAAAAUAUUGCUGAAAGAAAUGCUAUUUUCGCGGAGUUUUUCAAAGAUAUAAAUGAACUAAAAGCCGAAGAAAAAAAUUUACAAGAAGCAUAUAAAAAACAGGAAGAUAUUGAAAAUGAGCCACCUAGAAAAAAACAAAAAAUAAGUCAAAAUCGUAAGAAAGGCGGUGAUAAUAAUUUAAAAAUUAAAACACAAUUAACGAUACGUAAGCAAUAUAAUACUAGAAGUAAAGCUAGAAAUUCUGUAAGUGAUACAUCAAAUGAUUCUGAUAAUAAUGAAAAUGCUAAUGAAUGCAAAAGAAGCAAAAGAAAAAUAAAAGUUCUGUUUCCUUGGGCAAAACCUUUCCAAAGAAGUAUUGAUCUAAUGAAAAUGGGAAUAUGUGAUGUUGAUGAGGAAGAAGAAGAUGACGAUGAUGAUGAUGAUUACGAUAAUAAUCUAUUUGAAGAAUCGAUUAGUAAUAAAAAAGGUUCCAAGAUAUUAAAAUCUCCAUAUGAUCCUAAUAACAUACCAUCCGUUGAUAAGAUAACACAGAAAAUGUUGGAUAACGUAGCAAAACGAAGCACACUAAAACAAUAUUGUAAAAUAUAUGGUACAUGUUGCCAUCAAUGUAGACAAAAAACACUAGAUACAAAAACAGUUUGUAGAUCGGGAGAAUGUAUUGGUAUAAGAGGUAAAUUUUGUGGGCCUUGCUUACAGGGAAGAUACGGAGAAAGUGCAGUUGAAGCCUUGCAAGAUCCUAAUUGGGCCUGUCCUCCUUGCAGAGGUUUGUGUAAUUGUAGUAUAUGUAGAACAAGAAAUGGUUUACGACCAACAGGAAUUUUAGCUCCUGUAGUACAAGAGGAAGGAUAUUCAUCAGUGAUGGAUUAUCUACAAUCAGUUGAAGAUGACACAUAAUUUGUUUUCAUAAAAUACAAAAGAACUAACAACAAUUGCAUAUUGUCUUGGUGAUAAAACAGGAUUGAACAAGCGUAAAAUAACAGAUUUUGAACACUGCUUACUGUUCUGUAGAUAUAUUAUUCUAUCUAAUAUAAUUGCUGCCUCCAGUACAGGACUUAUGUAUAUUCGUAAUAUUUGGAAAAGAUUCAAUUUUAAUUUGAAAUGUAUAUGAGACUGAUACAACUCUUCUAAAAUUUCAGUUGAUGGUAUCUAAAAAAAUAUUUCUUAUAUAUCAAAUAUACUAUAAAAAAAUGUGUUGUAAUGGCAAAUUAUUAACACUUCUUUAUUCCUUACUUUUUUUGAAUCUAUUCCAAUUUUCAAUAAUGCCCACUUUGCAUAAGUUGGAAAGUCACACAAUGGUCCUCCACGUCCUAUCCUUACAUUAUAUAAACCUGAAAACAUUAAUUUAUUAUAAUGUAAGUAAUGUGAGUAAUAACAUUACUUAUAAAUAAAAUUGGACUAGUAAAUUAAUUAAUUAAAUUUACAAUUUUACCCAUAGAAUGUAAAAGUACUUGUAAUAAUGCUCUGUAGAAUAAUGAUGGUGACAAUGAUUUGGCUUCUUUUGUUCUUUCUAUACAUUGUUGUGCCAACAUUCUGGCAUUUCUAGAAAAGUUAAUUCUUUUGCUAAAUGAUUCGUUUACUAAAUGAUAACAACACGGUACAACACAAAUUACUUUAAAGUCAUCAUUUUGCAGAAAAACUUUCAUAAGAGAAUGAGCUAAAGAUCCACAUGUAUGUAAUCCAGUUAGAAUCAAGUUACUUUUUAAAUUCCAAUUUGGAAAAUGUAUGUUCACCAUUGUACUGUAGUCUGUAUUAUCAUCAAUUUUAGUAACUACAUAUUUGACCUAGAAAGACAUGAAUAUACACUAAUAAUGAUUACAAAAAUAUAAA